UAUAAUAUCUCAAAAGAGAAAGAAGAACAUCUUGACCAUUCCCCCACCAAAGUCCACGGGAUAAAAGACAACAAAUGCAAAGUUGCACACCCUGCUACCUUUUCUCUCCUCUCUCUCUCCUAGAGAGAGAAACUCUCUCCCUCUCUCUCUCUCCCUAGAGCACUACCUAUUGCAUAGUCUACUGGCGGAAGGGAACACCUGUAGUCUGUGUGUGCCGUGCGUGUUGCAGAUGAUCGAUCAUGUCCCUCUGUCACGGAAGCCGCUGGGGCAGCAGCAAGCUCAGAAGAUGCCGCGGCCACCUCCGCCUCCGCGCUGCUAUUAAGCCGCCCGAGGCAUGCGCUGCGCCCACCACCUGCUACUGCUGCUGACGCCAUGCUCGACCCGCCCGAGCCCGACGACGACGCUGCCCAACCGCCGCGCGCACCGCUCGCCGCCGCCUCGCCGAGAGGGCUCGUCCUCGCGUGCGCCGACCUGCUGCACCGCGGGGACCUCGACGGGGCGCGGCGCGUCGCGGGCGCCGUGCUCUCCGGUGCCGACCCCCGGGGAGACGCGGCCGACCGCCUCGCGCACCACUUCGCGCGCGCGCUCGCGCUACGGGCGGACGAAGGACGGAGUAGCGACGGCGCGCCAGAGGCUGUGGGCGUGGGCGUCGGUGUGGCGCCGGCGUCGUCCGCGGCGCACCUGGCUUACAACAAGAUCGCGCCGUUCCUGCGCUUCGCGCACCUGACGGCCAACCAGGCGAUCCUGGAGGCCGCCGCCGGCGCGCGGCGCGUGCACAUCGUGGACCUCGACGCCGCGCACGGUGUGCAGUGGCCGCCGCUCCUUCAGGCCAUCUGCGACCGCGCUGACGCCGCCGUCGGCCCGCCCGAGGUCAGGAUCACCGGCGCCGGCCCCGAUAUUGGCGUGCUCCUUCGCACCGGCGACCGCCUCCGCGCCUUCGCCAGCUCCCUCAACCUCCCAUUCCGCUUCCACCCGCUGCUCCUCCCCUGCACGGCCCAGCUCGCGGCCGACCCGGCCGCCUGCCUUGAGCUGCACCCGGACGAGACUCUGGCAGUCAACUGCGUGCUAUUCCUCCACAGGCUCUCCGGCGACGGUGAGCUCGCCGCAUUCUUGAGGUGGGUCCGUUCGAUGAACCCCGCUGUGGUGACCAUCGCCGAGAGGGAAGGAAGCGCCAGCCGAGGAGACGACGACGACGAGUUACCGCGGCGGGUGGCCGCGGCGAUGGACUUUUACUCGGCGGUGUUCGACGCUCUGGAGGCCACGGUGCCUCCGGGCAGCGCGGAACGGCUGGCGGUGGAGCAGGAGAUCCUCGGCACGGAGAUCGAGGAGGUGGUGGCUGGCCCCGGCGGCGGCGGUGGGCGGCCUCGCAGCUUCGAAGCGUGGACGGCCGCCGCGCGCGCCGCGGGGCUCUCGCCGUGGCCAGCUAGCACGUUCGCGGUGUCGCAAGCGCGGCUACUGCUGCGGCUACACUACCCGUCGGAGGGGUAUGCGGCGGAGGAGGCCCGCGGCGCGUGCUUCCUCGGCUGGCAGACGAGGACGCUCAUGUCGGUCUCUUCGUGGCACUAGCAAUGCAAGUGAUCUAUCCAUGCUGUUGGACCUCUCGCGUGCUCCAUGGAUGGAUUCUUGCUAGCUAGCUACUGCAUCUCGCAAUGCCGCAAGAAAGUAUAUGGAACCUGAUCGAGAAGGUUGGUGGCCGGCAGCAAGGCGAUCCGUGGUUGAUCUUGCGGCUGCUCAAAUGGUUUUGGUGAGGUUUCUCAUGGAAUGAAGAAUCGAGAUGUGUAUGCACAUGCAAGGACUAGGUGAGUUGUCAUUCUUGUUGGAGGGAGAAGAGAAGGGGAGAACGACCAAGGCGAAGACGAAUGGAAGAAGAGGAGGUUGUGCAUGAUCGAUGGACGCGUUGCAUGGGAACUGGAGAAGGCGCCAAUGGCCAUUGGGAGAUCUCGGAGAGGAUCUUUUUGGCACUCGACCUGGCAGAAGUACAGAAUUGUGUUGAGCUCCCGAGCCAUUCUUACGGGCAAGAGAAGAGAACCAUGCAUGCAUGAUCAGUUCAUGGCUGGUUAAGAUGGAUGCCCAAAGUUAACAAAGCCCCAUCGAACGUUUGUGCAUACGCUGGCCAAGCCAGGCACUGAUGUUGUCAACAACCUAUCGUAAUUAAGAGGAGCAAAUUCUUAA